CCGACUGCAGAAGAACGCACCGAAAACAGACAUGGAGAGUGAACCCUAGAAGACGAAAAUUGGGAAUUUAGGGUUUUCUUUUUUUUCUUCUUCUUUCGAGUCCUCAAAUAAUUAGGUCGCGCAAAAAUGGAAUCGGAAGGGCAAAAGGGUACGGUGAACCCUUCAGCAAUGUUAGCUUCCCUGCUUAGUAGGAGAGCCAAGCUUCACGAGGAGCUUCGCAGCAUUGAAAAGCAGGUGUAUGAUAUGGAGACUAGUUAUUUACAGGAUCCUGGACAGUGUGGCAAUGUGUUAAAAGGAUUUGAAGGGUUCCUAUCUUCAUCAAAGAACACGGCACUCUUGAAGCGGUCUAGAAAGUUUCAGCCCGAAGAUAGGCUCUUUUCAUUAUCUUCAGUGACCUCUCCAGCGGCAGAAGAGAUUGCAGCUGGACGAGAUGAUGGGAGAUCAGAUUAUGGUCCUGGUCGCUCAAAAGGUGGAGGAAUUUAUGCAAAUGGACAGGGUAAACCAAAGAAAGGAAGAGGUGGGCCAAGAGAUGCGAAGAGAUUAAGGGCUUCAAGUGAACAAGAUUUUGAUUAUGAAGAUGAUCCUGACCUGAUAUUGUGAUUGCAAAUGCUGGUGCAAUUUUCUGUUAAACCCUGUGGAAUGCAAGAGCCUUGAAAAUUCUGCUUUCGUACUGAAUGGAUAGGCAGUUAGUGCUCUGCGGUUCCUCAUUCUAUGUAUAUAUUGUUCUAAUCCCAAUAGUUGUGGAUUUUGUACUUCUUGGGUGAACAAUGCCGAUGUACUCUUCCUGUUGUACCAAAGGCAUGAAUGAGUGGCCUUGCAAAGCAUCCAGGAUACAGUAAAUGUUUCUUUGCACAAUUUUUUGUUGCCAAGUUAAUGAUUGUUUUAUUAAACUUGUUCUUUCUCGUAUGAUUUGUCAGUGUUGUUGUAAACCACCUGUACAGAAGUAAGAAAAAUUA